CAGGCGGGAUGCAGAGGAAGCUGUCGGUUGCCAUAGCGUUCGUGGGGGACUCUAAGGUGGUGGUCCUGGACGAGCCCACGGCCGGCGUGGACCCCUACUCGCGCCGGGGCAUCUGGGACCUGCUGCUCAAGUACCGCAAAGACCGGACCAUCAUCCUGUCCACCCACUACAUGGACGAGGCCGACCUGCUGGGCGACCGCAUCGCCAUCAUCUCCCAGGGCCGCCUGUGCUGCUGCGGCUCCCCGCUGUUCCUGAAGGCGCGCCUGGGGACGGGCUACUACCUGACGGUGGUGCGGAGGCCCGGGCUGGCCGACACCGGGACCUGCACCCCGGUCAGCGCCAGCACCCGCUCCAGCUCCAGCAUCAAGACCGCCUGCAGCACCCGCAGCAGCCGGGUGCUGCCCCCCCACUCCAAGGACAGCGACUCCUCCCUGAGCGACGACACCGGCCUGGGAAGCGACGACAGCGGAUCAGACCUGGCGGCCCUGCUGGCCCUGGCGCAGCGACAUGUCCCCGGGGCCCGGCUGGUGGAGGAGUCGGGCGGGGAGGCGGUGCUGAACCUGCCCCAGACCGCCGCCCAGGACGGGGCUCUGGCCGCCUUCCUGGCCGAGCUGGAGCUCAAGCUGGGGGAGCUGGGCCUGGCCAGCUACGGGCUGUCGGACAGCACCCUGGAGGAGAUCUUCCUGCGCGUUGCCGAGGAGACGGGGGUGGAUGCUGAGCCCGAGGCCGAGGCCGUCUCUCCCCAGACAGAGCAGCUCCCGGCUGGGCAGAGGCUCCAGAGACCCCUGGGGGACACGCCCGAAGAACCAGAGACCGGAAGGAAAAGGCUUCGUAAGCAAGACCCCCAGGAGACGGACCCCCUGAGCGGGGACAGCCAGGGCGGGGCCCCCCUGACCGGCUGGUGGCUGACCUGGCAGCAGCUCCGCGCCCUGUUCCUCAAACGCUGGCUGUACGCCCGCCGCAGCCGCAGGGGCUUCCUGGCCCAGAUCGUGCUGCCGGCCGUCUUCGUCCUGAUCGCCCUCCUCUUCAGCCUGGUGGUGCCGCCCUUCGGGAAGUACCCGCCCCUCAAGCUCCAGCCCUGGAUGUACGGGGAGCAGUACACCUUCUUCAGCAACGAUGCCCCCGGCGACCCGGCCAUCGAGAGCCUUCUGGAAGCCCUGCUGGAGCAGCCCGGCUUCGGCACCAAGUGUCUGGAGAUGGAGGAGAACAGCUCGGUACCGGACUGCGGGGCGGACCAGAGCGGCGUGUUCAGGCGGCCGCUGGUGCCCUACUCCACCUGGGAGAUGUUCCACCAGGGGAACUGGAGCCGGCGGGUGCCCAGCCCGCAGUGCCAGUGCAGCACGGAGGAGGUCCGCCGCAUGCUGCCAGACUGCCCCCUAGGGGCCGGAGGUCUGCCGCCACCACAGAUGAAGAGGUUCACAGGGGACACCCUACAGAACCUGACCAGCCACAACAUCUCAGACUACCUGGUCAAGACCUACCCGCAGAUCCUCAAGAAGAGUCUGAAGACCAAGAAGUGGGUGAAUGAAUUCAGGUACGGGGGUUUCUCCGUAGGGGGCCGCUCCACCCAGAUCCCCACCCAGACCGACCACCUCCGGGAGUCGGCCAGCUCCAUCAGGACCCGCUACCAGGUGGAACAGAACAGCUCCCUUGACCGCCUGCUGGACCGUCUCCCUGUUUUCCUACAAACACUCAACAGUCAGAACAACGUCAAGGUGUGGUACAACAACAAGGGCUGGCACGCCAUGGUGUCCUUUGUGAAUGUGAUGAACAACGGGCUGCUGAGGGCCAGCCUGCCCCCUGGUGGAGAGAGGAGGAGGGCGGGCAUCACCGCCUACAACCACCCCCUCAACCUCACCAAGGAGCAGCUCUCAGAGAUGGCCAUGAUGACGACCUCGGUGGACGUGCUGGUGUCCAUCUGCGUGAUGUACGCGCUGUCCUUCGUGCCGGCCAGCUUCGUGCUCUUCCUGAUCGAGGAGCGGGUCAGCAAGGCCAAGCACCUGCAGUUCGUGAGCGGGGUCAAGCCCAUCCUGUACUGGCUGGCCAACUACGCCUGGGACAUGUUGAACUACACGGUCCCGGCCACAAUGGUGGUGCUGAUCUUCGUGGCCUUCCAGCAGAAGGCCUACGUCUCUGACACCAACCUGCCAGCCCUCAUCCUGCUUCUGCUGUUCUACGGGUGGUCCAUCACCCCGCUGAUGUACCCGGCGUCCUUCCUCUUCUCGGUGCCCAGCACGGCCUACGUGGUGCUCACCUCCAUCAACCUCUUCAUCGGCAUCAACGGCAGCGUGGCCACCUUCGUCCUGGAGCUGUUUGUGGACGAGCAUCUGAACGAGGUGAACCGGAUCCUGAAGAAGGUGUUCCUCAUCUUCCCUCACUUCUGCUUGGGCAGGGGCCUCAUCGACAUGGCCAAGAACCAGGCCAUGGCCGAUGCCUUCCAGAGGCUCGGGACCAAGCAGAAGCUGGACCCCCUGCAGUGGGACUUCGUGGGGAAGAACCUGUUCGCCAUGGCCGCCGAGGGCGUGGUCUUCUUCCUCUUCACCAUCCUGCUGCAGUACAAGUUCUUCAUCCGCUGCAGGCCGAAGUGGGCGGAGCCUGAGAUGCCCCCUAUUGGUGCCGAGGACGAGGACGUGGCCAGGGAGAGAGAGAGGGUGAAGAGCGGGCGAGCGCAGGGAGACAUCCUCACCAUGACGGACCUGAGCAAGGUGUACAGCGUUGGGAGGCCUCCAGCGGUGAACCGGCUGUGUUUGGGGAUCCCGCGAGGCGAGUGUUUCGGCCUGCUGGGGGUGAACGGGGCGGGCAAGACGUCCACGUUUCGCAUGCUGACCGGAGACACGUCCAUCACCCACGGAGAGGCCUUCCUCCACCAGCACAGUGUCCUGACGGAGAUGGAGCGGGUCCACCAGCUCAUGGGCUACUGCCCCCAGUUCGACGCCAUCAGCGACCUGCUGACCGGGCGGGAGCACCUGGAGUUCUACGCCCGGCUGCGCGGGGUACCCGAGGAUGCGGUUGCCAAGGUGGCCCAGUGGGGGGUGAGGAAGCUGGGGCUGAGCCAGUACGCGGAGAGGGAGGCGGGGGGCUACAGCGGGGGCAACAAGAGGAAGCUCUCCACCGCCAUCUCCCUCAUCGGCUCCCCGCCCGUCAUCUUCCUGGACGAGCCCACCACCGGCAUGGACCCCAAGGCCAAGCGCUUCCUGUGGAACUGCAUCGUGAGCGUCACCAAGGAGGGCCGGGCUGUGGUGCUCACCUCCCACAGUAUGGAGGAGUGUGAGGCUCUCUGCACCAGAAUGGCCAUCAUGGUCAAUGGAAGGUUCCAGUGCCUUGGGUCCGUCCAGCACCUGAAGAACAGGUUCGGGGACGGCUACACCGUGGUGCUGCGGCUGGCGGACGGCAAGCAGGCCCCGGACCAGAGCCUGGUGGACGGGUACCUGCACAGCGCCUUCCCCUCCAUCGAGCUGAAGGAGCGGCACCAGAACGUGCUGCAGUACCAGCUGCCCUCCCACGCCUGCUGCCUCUCCCGCCUCUUCCAGGUGCUCUCCAGCCACUACGAGGAGCUGGGCGUGGCCGACUUCUCCGUCUCGCAGACCACCCUGGACCAGGUGUUUGUGAACUUCGCCAAGGAGCAGGGCGACGACGACAGACUCACAGACGUCCUGAGCAAGCCCCCUUCGGCCGCGGCCCGGCCCGUCACCCGGCCCGACGACCCGCCGACCAAAACCCCUCAGCCCGGCGGGGUCCCGGCCGCCGACACGGCGCCCGCCGACAGCGAAUCAAAGCGGAGGAAAUCCAAAACGACUCCCGACGCGGAGCCCGGCGGCAGCCGGUCUGGGAAGAACCAGAGCAACGGCGGGGGGAUGGCGGGGGGUUCCUGCAUGGAGAUGACCCCCAGGCCGCCGGUACCGCCGACCAGCCCACCUCCUGUCCCCUCUAACCCUCCAGGACCCGAGUCCUGCAGCAGACUGCCGAUACAGGAGUCCAGCGGACCCCCUCUAGAGGAGCAGGCCCGGGAGAACCCCGCCGCGGACCGGGACGCCGGCGGCGGGUCGGGCAGCGUCGGCGGGAGCGGCGACAGCGCGGAGGAGCAAGUCCGGGAGAACCCGGACGCGGCCGUCAAGAGCCCCGGCCAACCCUCCCCCAAGGACCCGGCGUCGCUCUUCAUGGUAGGCGGCUGCACCGCACGGGACAGCAAGGUGUGACCCGCGGACGCACGCAGGGAACCAGACCCCCCCCGGGACCCCCCACACCCUG